AUGGCUGAAUUUGCUAUUGCUGAUUCUAAUACACUUGACACGAUGUAUCUGUCCAAGACAGACCCUUCAAGUUGGUCACAUAAAAAUGGAUACUACUCACUUUGCCGCGAAAUUCGCAUGAAAUAUGAUACCACAAAAACCAUAGCCAACUUGGAGGAUGGCGUGAAACGCCAAAAACUUAAUUAUGGCACUGACAGAGUAGGAAGUGGAGGAAGGGAAGGGGAACAGGAAGGAAACGAAAAUACCAUGCAUUAUCUUCCGGAGUUUCUGGGGAAGGAAAUAGCCGCAGAGCUUAUCAGUGAUAUUAAAAGAAGGGCACUAAAACCACCAUCUGUUUGGACGCAUAUAGUUAAAUAUUUAGAUGCAGUCUUGAACACUCCGAAGGAAGGUUUCGAAGAUUCACUGAAGCAGACCAUGAGCGAUGAACCUAAGUUCCAACUGUAUUGUAAGAAAGUCUUGACAGAUUUGAUUGAUGCACAUUCCCAUGCAGCAAAGUUGGCUAGGUUACACUCACAAUCGGGCAUCGUUAAAGUUGAUGCCAACGGAAUACGAAUACAAGACAAUCAAGAAACGUGGCAUCUGGAAGUAGCCGGAUCUCCGUGUAUCUUUUCAAUGAAACAUGCUAAUGAUAAUAUGAAAAUCCAUGAACCUGGAACUUUUAACUUUAAUAGCUGUAUUACGAGAAUACCUGUCGGCUCCCAUACGAUUGGCGAAGAAAUUAAACGUGAUCGAAUUACAUUAUACAGUCUCAAUCUCAUGGAAGGAGGUAAAUUCUUGGCAGAGGAAUUAGAAUCAGCGAAGUUACCAUUUUCUUUUUCUUCCCGAAUGAGAUACAUGGGUAUUUUGAAGAUGAUUGCUCGGUUUCAUGAAGAAAUAAUUGGAAAGCUUGAAGCUAGUCUCUAUGUUGACACAGACGAGUCCCCCAAACCUGGCGAGCAGGAAGGCCUUUCGGACCAUCAAGGUUAUUUUAUUGUUCCCCACAGUGAAUUAAAAUUGAUGUUGAAACCUCCGCCUCCUUUGAAAUAUGCAAGUGGCGAGCAGGCUCGCCGGCCGGCUCCUUCAAGGGUCAUUUGA